CAUUCACUGUCACACCCAUAUAUCAUCAUAUUAGUGUGUUACCAAUUAAGCCAUAAUGGAGAAGAAAUCACUUGCUGGAUUAUGCUUCCUCUUCCUUGUUCUCUUUGUUGCUCAAGAAGUGGUGCAAACAGAGGCAAAGACCUGCGAGAACCUGGCUGAUACAUACAGGGGUCCAUGCUUCACCACUGGAAGCUGCGAUGAUCACUGUAAGAACAAGGAACACUUAAUCAGUGGCAGAUGCAGGGACGAUUUUCGGUGUUGGUGCACCAAAAACUGUUAAAUGCAAACUACGCUUUCUCUUCAACAAGAACAUGCAGGAGCUUUAUAAAUAAGACUAUAUUAUACAAAUAAAAGUAGC